AAACGCACGUUUCACAUAGUGGCUUGCUGAUUGAUAAAUAAGUCAGAACAACAGUUCUUCGUCACGACGCUAAAAUCAGACAUCGAACUCGACAAAGCGGCGGCAUAUUACACAUAUACGCAGGCGACAUACACAAUUACAUAGGCGAGGACGAAAUGCUCUGCACCUGGACGGCGGGGGAGGGGCUCACAGCCGCUGCUCAACCCGGCUGUGCAGCUGGCUCUGCACCUGGCGGACGGCUGGAGCGCUGGUGGACUGCUGGAGUGCUGGAGGAUGAUGGAUGGCGGGGGAGGGGCUCACAGCCGCUGCUCAACCCGGCUGUGCAGCUGGCUCUGCACCUGGCGGACGGCUGGAGCGCUGGUGGACUGCUGGAGUGCUGGAGGAUGAUGGACGGCGGGGGAGGGGCUCACAGCCGCUGCUCAACCCGGCUGUGCAGCUGGCUCUGCACCUGGCGGACGGCUGGAGCGCUGGUGGACUGCUGGAGUGCUGGAGGAUGAUGGACGGCGGGGGAGGGGCUCACAGCCGCUGCUCAACCCGGCUGUGCAGCUGGCUCUGCACCUGGCGGACGGCUGGAGCGCUGGUGGACUGCUCUGCACCUGGCGGACGGCUGGAGCGCUGGUGGACUGCUGGAGUGCUGGAGGAUGAUGGACGGCGGGGGAGGGGCUCACAGCCGCUGCUCAACCCGGCUGUGCAGCUGGCUCUGCACCUGGCGGACGGCUGGAGCGCUGGUGGACUGCUGGAGUGCUGGAGGAUGAUGGACGGCUCUGCACCUGGCGGACAGCUGGAGCGCUGGUGGACUGCUGGAGUGCUGGAGGAUGAUGGACGGCGGGGGAGGGGCUCACAGCCGCUGCUCAACCCGGCUGUGCAGCUGGCUCUGCACCUGGCGGACGGCUGGAGCGCUGGUGGACUGCUGGAGUGCUGGAGGAUGAUGGACGGCUCUGCACCUGGCGGACAGCUGGAGCGCUGGUGGACUGCUGGAGUGCUGGAGGAUGAUGGACGGCGGGGGAGGGGCUCACAGCCGCUGCUCAACCCGGCUGUGCAGCUGGCUCUGCACCUGGCGGACGGCUGGAGCGCUGGUGGACUGCUGGAGUGCUGGAGGAUGAUGGACGGCGGGGGAGGGGCUCACAGCCGCUGCUCAACCCGGCUGUGCAGCUGGCUCUGCACCUGGCGGACAGCUGGAGCGCUGGUGGACUGCUGGAGUGCUGGAGGAUGAUGGACGGCGGGGGAGGGGCUCACAGCCGCUGCUCAACCCGGCUGUGCAGCUGGCUCUGCACCUGGCGGACGGCUGGAG